UGGCGCAACUCGGAAGCGCGAAAGUUCAGCCGAGACAAAGUGACCCAGACAGACCCAUAUCGAAAGAUCCAUCUCUCUUCCUUCUCUCCGUCCACCAGAUCCCCGCCUCCCUCGAACCGCCCCAAUUACCCAACCGUCUAUUCGCAGGGGUGGGAAAUUCAACAAAAUAACAAUACAGGCAACAUGGUCCGCCGAUUCUCCAAGUUCCCUAAGAAGCCCGCCGACUGGGUCGCUCCCUCGGCGCCGCUGGCUGAGCGGAAGCAGGUAUUCCUGCCCAGGUUCACAAUCGCCCUGAUGCGCACGCCCUUCCUCCCCCCCCGCUACGCCUCCUUCUACGUCCCGUUAAACUUCAACAAGCUCGACAUCCGCGACUACCUCCAGCGCGCGUACGGAGUCGGCGUCCUCAGCGUGCGCAGCUACGUCGAGCAACAGAAGGUCACUCGAUUGCGGCCGGCGGGCAAGUUCGGAUACGGCAAGUUGCGACGGCCGAUGGCGAAGAAGAAGAUGACCGUUGAGAUGAAGGAGCCGUUUGUGUGGCCUGAGGCGCCCAAGGAUAUGUCUGCCUGGGAACAAGAACAAUUCCACAACACCUCCAAAUACCAAAAAGACAUGCAGCGCACCCAGCGCCCCGACGCCGGCAUGGAGCCCAACAAGGACGCACGCAAGGAGUACGAAGCCGACGCGAAGAAGUUACUCGAGGGCUCGAAGGCCUGGAGGCCGACUUGGCAGGCGCUGGGACUCAACUAUGACCGCACAACCAUCGGGAAACGGUCAUGAGUUGGGGAGUAGCUAGUCUGGGAUGAUUUUCUUCUGUCUUUGCCUCGUUCCCGCCUUUAAAGAGGGGGAAGUGUUGGGCUAUGUCUCUAGAAAAGCGGGUUCUUCGUUUUCUUUUCCAUUUCCUUUUUGUUCCCUUUUUUUUUCGCUUUUCUUUUUUAUACAACUGGUUUACGUCCCCUGUUGAGUGAGGGAGUUGAGACAAACGGCUCUUGUGCCUCUGUAUUAUAUUCUGUGCUACAUAGAUGAACGAGGAUUUUCAACUAUAUUGGAUUGAA